AUGAUACAAAAUGAAGAGAUGGCUACAGAUCAAGAGUGUAAUCUAAUUGACGUAAAUGGUGACAGCGAGCCGGAAUAUGGGGUCAUGGCAUUAGAUGUUGUGCAGAUUAACAAUGUGGAGCUUCUAAAGACAGCGGGAGGACAACCAAGGAGCCUCAGCAUUCAGUUACGGUCCGGUAACUCUUUUUUCUAUUCCACGGUGGACACUGGAAGUCCCGUAUCCUUUUUAAACAAGAAAACGGCGGAUAUACUCAUGAAGUGGAUUCCCAACAUUAAAUUUAUGGACAUCGCGAGACAUCCUUUAGACGUUACUUAUGUCGAUUAUAACAAGAAACCAAUUAAACUGUUUGGUUCUCUGGAAAUCCCUAUUACAUCGAAUGGAUGGAAAAUCGAUAAGGCGUGUUUCUUGGUUUCCGAAAAUUGUACUCGAAAUUUACUUGGUUUGAACCUUCAUGAGAAGUUAGGAAUUGAAACGGUGCAACGCAGACCGGCAGAAGUUAGCUGCGCCGAGGAAGAUGAGGAAUCGGACCCGACCUCAAAAUUCUGGAGGAACCACUUUGUCAAAAGGUACCCUAAUGUAUUCAGCAGACUGGGGAGAUCUAAAAACCAUAAAGUAUUCACAAAUUUUAAAGACCCGUUGGUGCCCAGACAAGUUAAAGGUCGAAAAGUCCCUAUACAUUUGCAAGAUCGGGUCGCGGCUGAGAUCAAAAAGUUAAUUAAAGACAAGCACAUUGAAUAG